AUGAGACCCGAGUCGAUGGCCGGAAUCGAGCCGUCUGCGCCAUUCCCCCCCCAUCUGACGGGCGAUGAACGCGAGCGUCUCAUUCAGACCAUCAAGGACUGGGCUUGUGGUCAUGGCUUGGUCGUACGGCCGCCCCCCAGUGCAAUCCCACAAGAGGCAGACCCCAACAGUAUCGCCGCGGUGCCCGCCCCUGUCACCGUGUUUCCGAGCGGCAUUGCCCGCCGUGCUUUCAACAGGGGCCAAGCGGUGCAGAGGGCUUACAACGAGCUGUACGCCGCUGUGAGCAGAGACGAGAAGUUCUUGGCCGGGAUCGUGAGGGAGGUGAUUGAUGGCGAUGAUUUCGUCCGUGAUUUAUGGGCGGUCCAUGAAACCGUCAAGUCCGAGGGCUACACACAGCCGCUGUCUUUGGGCCUCUUCCGAUCCGACUACAUGGUGCAUGACGACACCUCUGUCUUACCACCCGUGGCUCAACUCAAGCAAGUAGAGUUCAACACGAUUGCAUCGUCCUUUGGUGGGUUGUCUGUCCUCACAGCACAGCUUCAUCGUUACCUCGCCAGAUCUGAAUACCCGUUUUUGGAACACGCCAUCGCGGAGGGGACCCUGCAUCUUCCCGAAAACAGAGCCGUUGAAAAGCUGGCGGGCGGCAUCGAAGCCGCCUAUCAUGCGUACGGCGCCCCCAGGACUGGGUACAGAAAAUGCGUCCUGUUCCUGGUUCAAGGUGACGAACGCAAUAUCUGGGAUCAGCGUCAUUUGGAGUAUCAGCUGGUCAAAUCGCAGCCAGGGAUACCCGUGUUCAGACUCGCAUUUUCCGAUGUGCCGAAGCACACCUCACUUGCCAAGACGAAGGAGCGUCAGCUUGAGUACAGCCCUCCUCACAACCCUGGGGCAAGGUUCGAGGCUGCUGUCGUGUACAUGAGAGCGGGCUACGGCCCAGGGGACUACCCAAAUCAACAAGCUUGGGAUGCCAGGUGCCAUCUGGAGCGCUCAUACGCCAUCAAAUGCCCUACCGUGCUGACGCAGCUUGCUGGCACCAAGAAAGUGCAGCAAGUGCUCGCCACCCCCCAUCCCGCUUCCGAGCCGUCCGUGUUGAGCCGGUUCAUCAAGGACGAUGCUGCGUCAGCCAAGGACCUGUGGGGAACCUUUACCAACAUAUAUCCCAUGGAUGCCUCUGAAGUAGGUUUGGAAGCGAGAAAAAAGGCGCUCGACCCGAAUCAAUGCCAAAACUAUGUGCUGAAGCCACAACGAGAAGGAGGUGGCAACAAUAUCUAUGGUGGCGCCAUACCCGCGCAUCUGAAUUCGGUCGCAGAGUCGCAUUGGGGCUCGUAUAUCUUGAUGGAGCUGAUCAAACCCUGUCCGACCCGAAACCUUAUCCUACGCAACGGAAAGAUUGAAGAGGGCAAUGUACUCAACGAGUUGGGUAUUUAUGGUGCUUGCCUUUGGAAUCAUGACACGGGAGAGGUUCUGCACAACGAGGAAGCAGGUUGGUUAGUGAGAACGAAAAGCGAUAAGAGCCAAGAGGGCGGUGUUGCUGCUGGGUACGGAUGCAUGGACAGCGUUUGCUACGUGUGGACGAAUACUGAUAGCCCGGAGCUUGAAGAGGAACAAGCUAACGAGUCGGACGCAGGGAACUAG